AUGAUGUCCCCCGAGGAAGCUGACCGCCUCGGGCUGAAGCCCUUUGGCGAUGGCGGGGCAGAGAACGAGACAUCUCCGCGACGGCCAAAAUUCUACACCCAUGGCCCGUGCCGCUCUCCGGCCGCUGCCCAAUUUGUAGUGUCCUGCGCCGGCUUCGAGGACGCGGACGAGGCCGAGCAGCGGAGAAUGGCUGCAGAGGCGACGGAGAAGAUGAAGAGCAAUGGCUUUGUGGUGCUUGAGAGCCUCCUGCCGCAGGAGUGGGUGGCGAAGCUAGAGGCGGAAGCCGCCGCGUUUCUGGACCUGCCUCAGCCGGGCCUUAUUCCGCAACCACUGCGGGCUGGUCGGACGGAUCCACGGUCCAGAAGUUCUGGGGGGUACGUUAAGAUUGCCAGCAGCUGUUCGGGGCACUGCUCUGUGUUUCGGGGUUGA